UUUCUGCCAUUUUCUAGUCGUUUCGUCUCUUAUGACACACUCUCCUGCAAGUCUGUGUACAUGUUUAUAAAAAAUUAAACUUUGCACAAACUGUCAAAAUCCGCCAUCUUGAUUCUGCCGCUGUUGUCAGGUCCGCAACAGAGCCGAAUAUAUCACUUAUUGUAAGUUGGAACCAUGCAAUAUCCACAAUUCAUGCAUAUGACUUGAUCUGCGGUGUUUUUUAAACUUUAAUUGCUUCAAAUUAAUUAAGAAAACAAUGUUAAUUAGCCGGAAACAGGUGCUACGCGCAUGUCAAAACUCAUUUCCGUCGGUGUGAUGGUACAGUUCUACUCGUCAAUUUUGAUACAAAUGUGUUUUUCUGAGAGAGUUGUUUUUAUUAUUCUGACGCUGUAAGAAACCAGAAAUCGGUACAGAUAUAACAGAAUGGAGAGAGCUUUGAGUCGUGAAAGAGUGACCGACAGUCCAAUAUCAAAGGAAGAAUGGAUGAAUAGAUUUAAUGGUCAUCAAAUUACUCGUGCAGAUAUGAACACGCUGAUAAUGAAUUAUCUUGUCACAGAGGGUUUUAAAGAGUCGGCGGAGAAGUUCAGGUUAGAGUCUGGUAUACAGCCAUCAGUAGACCUCAAUCAGCUAGACGACAGGAUCAAAAUACGUGAGGAAAUACAGAAUGGUAGAAUAGAAAGUGCAAUAUCCCUGGUUAAUAUGUUACAGCCCGAACUGUUAGACAAUGAUAGAUAUCUUUAUUUUCAUCUACAGCAACAACAUUUGAUAGAGUUAAUACGUCAAGGGAAUGUAGAGGGAGCAUUAGAGUAUGCCCAGACACAUCUAGCUGAGCGAGGCGAGGAAAAUCCAGAAAUUCUAUCUGAACUAGAGAGAACAUUGGCCCUUCUAGCUUUUGAAGAGCCUGAAAAAUCACCCUUUGGAGAUCUGCUUCAUUUAUGCCAGAGGCAAAAGGUUGCUAGUGAAUUGAAUGCUGCAAUUUUGGAAACAGAGUCCACACCAAAGUUGGCCAAUUUAUUAAAACUGUUACUAUGGUCACAAGAAGAAUUGGACAAAAAGAAGAUAAAAUACCCAAAGAUGACCGACAUUGCUAAAGGAACUAUAGAAACUCCUAAGGGAUGACUAUCACAGCUAGACGAUACUCUGUCUCAGUAUUGUGAAAGACUGCUACAUCCACCACCUCCAUAAAUGCAAAUCAUCUCGUAAAUGGCGACCAUUUUGGAAAUUGAUGUCCUUCUUCAUAAAUGAAGGUCAUGCUUAUAACUUAUGGUUAUCUUCAAAAAGGAAGCCAUUUUUCCGCUUUGAUUAUUAAAGUUUAUGCUAUUUUGAUGUUUGCAAUCUAAAUGGUGUUGUAUAAAAAAAAUGACAUAAGCUUAUUUUUGUUGCAAAGAUUUUAAGAAUUAAGAAUCUCUUUAUUUAUGUUUCACUUGUGAAUACAUUUGUACCAACUGUUGUAUUUUUACUUGUGGCUAUGCCACUCAUGAAAAAUAUUGGGGCCUGACUCUUCUGAGAAAUAAACUUUGAUCUUACAUGCAAAACAGACUUUAAAUUUCCUUAUCUGUAGCUGAAGUAUUUUGUUUUCAUUUGAAAUGAUUAGCAUAUAUAUAUGUUAUUGAUAGGAUGUAUGUUAGUAUUAUAUCAUUUCUAUUAUAUCAAUAAUCUUUAAUUAAAAACAACAAAAAACAAAACCCAAAAAAAACAAUUGAGUAGGUUUUCUGCUGUAAUCAAGGUGACAUCAAAUUGACGCCCAUUGUGUAUUGGGCGUGAGUUGUGCAAUGAUGAGUAAAGAAAAAUAUGUGUUUGGGAGUAAUAUGUAUAAAGUUUAUUUUUGUAAGAUAAUAUAUAGACUAAUAACCUUUAUGUUUCCAUCAGAAAUAUUGUUCUAUUAGAGUAUAAUGUAUUGAAUUGAUGUUUUUUUUUUAAUAAAAAUGUUGUUUUUUUCUUGAUACUUUCAUCAUCUUUAUUAAUAUAUCAAAAUGGUUAAAAAGUGCUGAUUCACAAUCAAUUUGUCACCCUUCACAUGUUUCUUUGUAAGAAAUCAAUGCAGAUAGUUAACAAAAGGCACAUACUUGCACCCAGGUGCUUAGAUUUACCUGAAAUAAUGCACUCAGGGGCACCGGGGUCUCUCCUGCCACUGUUAAUAAAGCUUGAAACUUUUCAACUGACCACAGCAGUGCCAGUGUGACUUGUAUAGUGACCAAAUAAAUAUAAUAAAUAUAUAUUAACGUGUUAUAUUUGUUAUGCAAUUGUAUUACAAUACAUCUUAUUUUAAUGCUUUGUUGAUGUAAAUGUAUUUAUUAUACUAUAUAUGUAUGUUUGGAAGUGGUUUCUACUUUCUUAUUAUGUAUAUGACAUGACUUAUCACAUUUAACUUUCAUUAUUCUUAUGUAUAUAUUGUGAUGAUUUUGUAGCUUAAAGCUACUGGUACACACAAAUUGGAGUAAAUAUAAUUCAACAUUAUGUGUUAACAAUAGAAAGUAGAUAGUACAUUCAUUUAAGGAUUACAGACCUUACCACCGCAUUGGUAUUUUUUUGCCCCCGAAAGGUCCAGUGGCAUAUUAAAAUUGCACCAUCUGUCCUUCAGUCACUUACACAACUUUCAUGCUUGGACAGUAACUUUGUCAUGCAUUGAAUGAUUUUAAAAUAAUUUGUUUCAAAUAAUGACAAAGAUACUGUCCCAAGUAUGGAAGUUAUGUAAGUGGGGAAGGACAGACAGUGGAGAAACAUGCUCCCAAGUUAUAUUUCAAAAAUGUCAAAAGAAGGCGAGAGUGGCUCCCGGAUCAUUACAUUAUUACUAGAAAUGAAUAGUUAUCAAUUCAGUUUAUAAUCCUUUAUGUUGGGACUAUUCAAGUCAAUAUCCCAAAUAGCAAUAAAGUUUACAUUGAUUAUGUUCCAAUGUUUAAUGAUUUAAAAUCUUUGAUAACUUCCCAUUGCCGACAGGCUUACUUAAACUUCCCAGUAUGUGAUUGUCAACUAGAUUCUGUAUUUUUUUUAAUAAUUUUAUUGAACAAAAGGCAAAUGCCUGUGAGUAUAUAUAUAUACAAACAUAUAAUACAAGGGUUUUUUACAAAAUAAUACCUUUGGCUGUUAAAGUUUAGUUUAUAACAAUUUAUUUUAGUUUGAUUUUGUUGGAAGCUAUAAGCGUAUUGAAAAAACGGUCAAAUCCGUUUCUGGAACCAACCAGUACUUGGCAAUGAGUGUAAAGUUUCUUGCUCACUGAAAGUUUAGUAUUUUGACCUCAAAACUCAUAACAUUUCCAAUGGAUGCUACCAAGUUCAGAGUGAGACAAAUCUACUUGUAGAAAUUAAGUAUACAUGUAAUUAGGAUUAAGAAGUAUAUAAAAAAGUUCCUGCUUUUUGCAUAGAAUUUGUU